AAAGAGAGAGGCCAGCUCACUUAUGUUCCAAGAUGUGGUCCAGCUGCAGCCGGGGAACAGGGUUCAGGAUGCAGGUCAAUGGAGCACUGGCCUGUGUGAGUGCUAUAAAGACAUCGGAGACUGCUGCUUUGCCCUUUGCUGCCUCCCAGUGUUCACCUGUAAGGUGACCCAUGCAGUGGGUGCAUGUCCCUGCCUGCCUCUGCUUGACUGCAUCGGAUGUGUACCACCAGCCUCACUCGCAAUGAGGGCAUCUGUCAGGGAACGAUACGGCAUAAAGGGGAGUGUGUGGAGCGACUGCCUGUACGGAUGCUGCUGCUAUCCGCUAUCUUGGCUCCAGAUCUCCAGAGAGCUGAAGAGAAGGGCAGCAUCCCACGCCUCUUCCUCCUCCUCAGCCAGAUACACGGCUCUGACCUCCCUGCAGGGGGCGCACUUGGUUUAAACACAAGGAGCACUCCUUUUCUUCUGGUCUGGCCUUUUGCUGCAGCUCUCCCUCCAGAGUGCUGGAGUUGAUUUAAUCACACUUCCUCUGGUCUGUAGACAGUUCCUGUUAUCUCAGAGGAUAAAGCUGGAGCAGUGUGACCCCCGGGUCAGUGUGACCUGAGAUAAAGUGAAAGAAGUAUGAUAACGGUCUAUAAAAACGAACAAUUAAGUUGUAAGCAUACAUGAUAAAGAUAACAGGGUUAAAAAAUUGACUCUGGUUUCUGGCAGUGUUGUACUUCCACCUCUCUAAGAGUUUUGUGUUCUCAGUUUUUCAUCUUGAUUUCACACAGAUUGAUAAGCUGAUAAAGGAUGAUUCUUCAUCCAACAUAAGUCCCUCCCAAUCUUUUUGUAUUCAUGAUGAGUGAAAGAGAGCAGCGUGUAGUUGUGUUAGAAUAUCUCACAGCCUUCAGAAAAUAAUAAAAGUGUAUUUGUGUGUUUGUGUAGCAGAUUGGGAUUUUUUUUUUGUAUUUAAUAUUGCAAUAAUAAAAUGUUAUCUCAUGAAAACAGCC